AUGUCCACGCCAACAUUUUUGCUGGCUUUCCGAAGAUUUGUUGCACGACGUGGAAUACCGAGCAAGGUGUACAGCGACAAUGCGAAGACCUUUCAAAAGAGCAACAAAGAGUUGAAGAAAUUGUGGAAAAUUGUAACUGGAGAGGGUGUCAAGGAGAAAAUCACUGACUGGGCCAUUGAUUGGCGAUACAAUGUUCCGUACGCUCCCUGGUGGGGCGGAUUUUAUGAGCGACUCAUCAGAUCCGUCAAGGUGGCUUUGAAAAAGACCAUCGGCGCAAGGUGCCUGAACGAGACAGAGCUCACCACUAUCGUUACCGAGAUAGAAGCUGUUAUAAACUCGCGGCCCCUCACUUUUGUUUAUGACGAUCAAGAGAUCCGCCCAUUGUAUCCUGCAGCGUUCCUUACGGGAAAAAGACUAACGACGCUACCAGCUUCUGACACAGGCGACAUGCCGGAAAGCUCAGCCGACACCAUCCAACGUUGCUGGAGGCAACGAGCGGAAAGCUUACGUACUUUCUGGGAGAAAUGGUCACGGGAGUACCUUACAGAACUAAGGAAUCUUUGGAGCAAACGUCGUGGUAGAGCAUUACAAGAGGGCGACUUGGUCAUCGUACGCGAAGACUGCAGGCCGAGGCAAAGGUGGACAACAGGAAGGAUUUCGCGAUGCCUGCCAGGAAGGGACCAGAAAUCACGGGCAUUCGAAGUUAAGCUGCCCAACGGGUCAACUAUCGUCCGAUGUGGUGAACUUUUAUAUAAACUUGAAGUGUGA